AGCGAGGAGGGACGCGCCCGAGCGCCCGCCACUGCAGCCUCCAGCUCAUCUCCCGCUCUCCGACGCCCAGGUCCGACCGCGCAGCAUGGCUGAGAUCUACCGCCCGGUCCGGCCGCCGUACUGGACGCGCCCGAGCCGCCCCCGGCCCGCGCGCUGAGCCAUGCUCAAGUGGCUGACGCCCCGGCGGCCGCCGUCCGGACCCGGCCCGUUCACCGACGACCCGCUGGCCACGCUGUCGGCCCGCUCGGAGCGCAGCCGGGAGCCCGUCUACGGCGUCACCAGGGUGAACCCGCUCUUCCGCGAGGGGCCGUCGACGGCGCGCGAGGCCGGCUCCUCGGAGGAGGAGGGAGAGGACAGCCGGCCGGGCUCGGCGGCGGAAGAGGACGCCGGGCCCGGCUCCUCCAGCGGGGUCAGCGGGGUCAGCGAGCGUGACACGGAACGGCUGAGCGUGACCUCAGCGGGGCCCGCGCGGCGCCCGCUUGGCACCCCGCCGCCCGAGCGGGACCGGUGGCCGCGUGACCGAGGUCGCCACGCCGUCACCGCCGCCGCCGAGCCGCCGCCGCCCGAGGCGCGCUGGGACGAGGUCCAGACGCGCCAGAGGCGGGUGCGGCCGCUACGCGCUGGCCAGGGCUGGGCGGGGCUCGAUGUCCUGGCUCUGGAUGGCACGUUCGUCAGCGGAAUCGCCGUGAAUCUGGCCCGCCGGCCGCCAAAGUCCGACGCUCUGCUUCACCCCUGUACCUGCACGUCGCCAGUCCUCUCAAAAGGCACCAGCGAGGCGAGCUCGCCCGAGGCUUCUGAAGAAUCCCGACUUUGUCAAGAGCGUAACAGUAGCGACUGUGACAGCAAAACCGGCCGUCUGCCCGAAGCUGGAGGUAACGAAGAGUUCUGAGUACGUUGUAGCCAUCACUACAAGAUGCACA